CUUUAUUGUAUCAGGAGUGAACUAAUAUAGGUUGGGGGGAUGGGAGGACAGGGUGAGGAUAGCGGGCCAAUGAGAUGAUGUUAUCUCAGCAGUUACUAGGCAGAGGCCAAUUCUAGGUCAGGUACGCAGAAGUCAUGUCCCAGGACAGGUCACCAAACUCGAGCUAGGCUCGGGAAGUUACACUGGGCCUCACGCCCGGGCCUUGUGGGGCCCAACACUCUCAAAGGCCACUGCCAGUGACACACUUCCUCCAGUAAAACUGUGCUACCUAAAAGUCCCCAAAGCAGCCCCACCAACUGGGAAUCAAGUGUUCAGAUACCCCAUCCUAUGGGGGGACAUAGCUCAUUCAACCCCACAGGUGUUGACUGUUGACCAGUAAGGCCAAAAGGCGAGAGCAAGGAGAGACAGCUGGCUAGUUAGAGCUGAAGAGGACACAGCUGAGCAGUUCAAGAGCCCACAGACACAAGGUUCAUAGGGGAGAGGAGAGGAUAAGGAGAGAAGACUACGCAGAGCCAGUGAAGAGUUCCAGGUAACUGUCAAGCUCACAACUGAACAUAGCAGCUUUACUUGUGCUGAGAUUGCCAAGCAAGUCUUCCUCUCUCUGUCCAAUCAACUACAGGCAGGCUUCUGGGCCAUGUGUCCCCCAGUCAACGUUUACCAUGCAGACAAGGGCAUGUCCCAGCUCUGUGAGGCCUGGCUCUACCAGCUUGUCCACGAAGAAGAGGUGAUUUGCUUUGCUUGCUUCAAGGCAGGUUUUCUGUUAGUUAAAAACAUGGUGGAGAUGGGAGAGUGGGAAGAGGAAGAGUGGGGUACUGAGCCCAUGGAACUCUCGGAGGCAGGACCUGAGCCGGAGGAGUGCGUGGAGUUGGAACCUGCCUUGCCACAGAGCCAUGAAUAUUGUCCACAAACUGCCUCUGGAUGUGAAGAGUCUAAGGUCUUGAUACCAAGCCCUGUAGCAAUGGCACCCCAGCCUAUGCCCACUGAGCUGGGGCCUCAGGAAGCUGUACCCCUGGACCUGGACCCCGAGGAUACUGAGUGGACCCAGGCCUUUCACUGGAGGUUAUAUAUCUUUGAUGACUGCCACCACGAACUCAUCAUCCCUCCUCUGUCCUGGUGGGAUGUUUUCAAUGUAGGCGCAUUUCCUGGGCAACCUGUAUUGUUGGAGUUGAGCCCCAUCUGGCCCAUGGAUCCAUGGGAAGCAGAAGCCUGGUUGAUAGACCUGAAGUUCUUCUUACUGUUGAAUAGCUUCGAUGCUAUCUUGUACCUGCUGUCAAUGACUCCCUGCUGGGCUGUGAGGACCCGGGUCAAGCGCUGGCAGGUGUUGCUGGAUCCUGGUGAGUUGACGUUGGUACAGCUACAGAAUGCACCUGAACAGCAGGACCUGAACCGCUGGAAGCUGAGCAUCCUGGAGUCCUCAGAUCCGGAGCUGGAGCUGGUGCCCGCUGACUGCAGCCUGCGGAAGGGAGGCUUCAAGGUGCACUCCUACCUGCCUUGGCACAAUAGCACCCCAGAGGUCUGGAGCAGGGAACCAGGGGAGGGACUCCCUGUCAGAGAAGUUCCAUGUGAUUGUAACCUGAGUGACUCAGACUCCCUUGAUCUCGAAUCUAACCAAGGCAUUGAUGCUUAGGCAGCCCCCAUUACCCCAGGGCCCCAGGGAAUAUGAAGAGCCAGAGGUUGCCUGUUCUGAGUAGCAGGGGAACUGUUGGUCUAGGAUUUGAGGGGAGCAUCUAGAACAGCAUAGGGGCUUAGGGACCUCAGAGGGAAGUCUGGCAUAUUUACAUUAGGAGUUUAGCUGUCCUCAGCUGACCAGUGUUUGGAAGGUGAGGCCUAGCUGUGUGUGUAGGUGGAGUGUUGUAUAUUGGGUGCUGUGGGGGACAGGUCACAGAUUUUGUCCUAGUACGUGCAUGGACUCUGAGGCACUGGUUGCCCUGGCAUGUUAUGUAGUUAGAUCCUGUCUUUGGGGUCAUGAGACCUGGUUUCAGGGUUAACUGUACAGAGUGUUUAUGCUCUUUGUUUUUAUUCAUGUUCCUUUUGAAUGUUUCUGUUGAAUAAAGUUGGUGUUUUAAUUUUUAUUAUUUUAUGUGUAUGAUUUUCCCUCCAUAUACUAGUGCUUGCAGCAGCCAGAAGAGAGCAUCAGGUCUCCUGAAGCUGGAGUUGAUGCUGGCAAUUGAACUCAGGUCCUCUAGAAGAGUAACCAGCGCUCUUACCGCUUAAGCCAUCUCUCCAGCCCCAGUUGUCAGUGUUCAGUGGAGGCCCUAUGCAAUCUUCCUCAGUGGGUCUUGAUAGAACAACCUUCUCACCCACUUCUGGCUUCAGGGGCUUGUAGUCCCACAAAAAUGGGAAUGGGGCACAGUGUGUUUUGUUCUUUUUGAGUCACGUGGUCACAGUCUCUAUAACCCUUGUGCAAGUGCACAGGGUUUUAAAUAAGAACUCUGUGUUGAAUAGUUGUAUGUUAUCUGAUUGACACAAUGCCCUGGAAGUUGAAAGGGAUCCAUGUACCAUUCCAUAUGUCUGAUCUGCUAGUGUGAGACAGUGUCACACCUCAGCACCUGCAUGCUCUGCACAGAGGGAACAAAACAGGAUAAGACACCCAUGUACCUCAUCAAGGGACACUGAGUGACCAUUGUCUUCUUCAUGUGAAUGACCCAUCUAGAAAUUUCUGCAGUUCUCUGCGUGUCUCUGGCUGGUAUCACCUGGUGAUUUAAGUGGUUCAGUUAUUAAAGACAGAAGAGUCCCAAUCCUGGGGCCAUCUUACUGGUCAGUUAAUCACAUGAGAGAAUCCAAUUAUGGGUUUUCUUCAUUUUUUUUUUCUUUUUGAAACAAGGUCUUAUUAUGUAGUUCAGGCAGCUACAAACUCAUGAUCCUGCAUCAGGCUCCUGAGUACGGGGAUUACAGGUGUUUGCCAUAACCCUGCCUCAAACAUUGCUUUUUUACCUAACUUUGUGUGUCAUUUUUCUUUCAUGUCUUCCAGAAGUGUCUUAAUUCUUGUCACACAGGGUUCUGAUGCUCAUUCCUGGAGAGAUGGCACCACACUGUUGUAUAAAGAACACAGUAAGGAGGUGUUGCUGCCUCCAGUGGCCUGGAGCCUGUGGUCCAGUGUGUACCUAACUCUCCUCCCUAACAAACUGGGUUUGUCUCCCUGUGUUCCCUCCUCUCUCCCUCUCCUGGUUAAGCAGUCAAUCACAGCAAACACUUUGUUGUUGUUUUGUCUUCAUUAUUAAUUUUCCUUUUAUUAUUGUGUAUGUUUAGGAGUUUGGGUGCACAUAUGACAUGGUACACAUGUGGAGGUCAGAGGACAACUCUCAGGAGUCAACUGUUGUUCUUUAUUUAAACGGUUGCUGCCUUUUAAGCUACAGCUGUCUGAAUCAGCAACUGCAACUCCACCGCUACCAGUGGCGGUUAGGCCUAGGCCGCAAAGGGAGGGAAAUCGGUUCCCUCUGGCUCCGACUCUCGCAAAGCUAUGAAGGAAACUUAACUAAACCUCUCUUCCUCUAAAGAACUCAAGAUGCAAAGGUUAAGGUGGAAUACUGCUCUUCAGAGGCUUAACAGCAAGUAGCUCACUUCCUCUCCUUGCUCGCAUCCUCUAAAAAGCCCUUUUGCUUUCCCUAGCCCCUCCUUAUAAACCCUUUCUCACUUGGCUCCUCCUUACCACUUCCUGUCAGCUAGUUGCUGACUCAACCUCCUGACCGCAGGUGAAUUUUGUUUAAUCAAACACAUCUUUGCAUCAUUAAAUGUUCCAGAGCAUAAACAAAAGUAACACACCUUGAAAUAAUAUUCUACAACAUUUCCCCCUUUUUGUCUAAAUUUUAAAAAAUGAAAGGUUUUAACUUUAACAUAAUAAGACUGUACACAGUAAGAACAAUUAUCAAGUAAAGAUUGCAUUCACAAUGUAAUGAAUGCUAGUUCAUUUGUGUUUGGCAGCUUAAGAGAAAAUACUCCAUUAUCUAUCCUAUCUUAAUGAAUCUAAAGUUUUAUACCUAAUUUACUCUCUACCAUAACUAAGGAAAACUGCAACUAUAACUACCUAGUCUUCAACUCCAUCAAAAACCCCAGAAGGAUAAUAUUAUUUAAAGUAAACAAAAGGUGCAUUGCGAACAACUUCCAAAACUCUAGCAAUGACAGACAUCUGACUACCUGGACAGUCACCCAAAGUUCCUUCUGCAACAUUGGGGCAUCUAUCUUCAGCCUACAGGUCCAUAGUAUUUUGCAGAAUUAUCAGAUAAGCAGGAAAUUUGAAGGACUGUCCUGCCUUGUAUUGGCAAAGUUCAUCAGUCACUUGUCUCAGUGUCCUGAAGCAGGAAUUUUGAAGGACUGUCCUGUCUUGUUUGGGCAAAGUUCAACAGUCUUUUUCCUGUGUGUCCUGCAUGUCCAGUCUGCACAGCACAUUGUCAGCAGUCAAAGGCAAGAACAGUUUCUUUGCUCAGUGGCUAAUCUUGCCACAAUGAAAGCAAACUCCAUAAGGAGUUUCUUUGAUGCCCAUCAUCUUCUCUGAGGUAAUUUGGUGCUGCCAGGAGCAGAUGUGUCUCAUUGUCGUGAAAAACUUUUAAGUUAACAAAACAUUUUUAAUGUCAUGUUCUAUAGGUCUUUGAAAGGUUUGAAGACCAUCUAUCUAACUAAAAUAUAUCUAUUUAACCUAGAAAACAUACCUAACAUACCUACAAAUUUGAUUAUGAAUGACUAACUACUGACCUAUGUUUCUUGAUUGUCCUAUAUAGUUUAUAAUAAUAGCUUUCAAAAAUUAGAACUUUACAUUUUUAAAUAAACUGCAUAGGUACAAUAUUUUAACCAAGAGUAGAAACACAUAUACAAUAUGUGGUAACAAAAACUUUAAAUUUGCAUCAAUAUAAAAAAAACCCUUUAGACAAGAGUAGAAACAUAUACAGUGUAAUAAAAAUGACUUAAAUUUAUGUCAACAUACAAAAACCCUUUAACCAAAAGUAUAUAUAUAUAUAUAUAUAUAGAUAUAUAUAUAUAUAUAUAAUGUUGAAUUUGUAUCAAUAUACAAAAGUUCUUACAAAUACAAAAUACUUGAGAUCAAUAGUUUUCCCUUAGUUUAUAGUAGAUUCAACAAUCUAUUAUUUAAAGUAGAUUCAACAGUCUACCCUUCCAUCCUAUAAUUCCUAUAUCCCCUCUCCCUUUUUUUUCAGAGAUCCCUGAAUGUAAUAUCAUUUGCAUAAUUUCCUCCCUUGCCAAUACCAGUAACAAAUUAGUAAACAACCCCAAUAAAUGAUGACAAGCAUCCAUAACCCACCAAAUGAUCAAAUAUCAUUCUUCCCACCUCUUAGGAAUAUGGGCAUCAUCCCCAAAUUUUCUUCCUGUUGUCUGGAGAUGAUGAUACCCUGAAAAAACUGAAAUGUUGACCAACUUCUGAGAAAAUAUUGUGAACCAGGUAGAAGCAUUGUUGUGGGGCUCCAUCAUACUUUUGGAGACUUCCAAGAUCACUGUUAAGAAAAUUUAUUGUUUACUGUGGAAAACGUAAACUUUAUCAAAAUGGAAAGUUUAAAUUUUAAGAUAGUAAUACACCUAAAGAAAAACUUUAAAAAGUCAAAAUAAAUUUUUGGAGAAAGAAAUUUGUGACAAUAGUAGUCCCUAUAUUUUGGUUUUUUUCUGUCCCAUACCAUGGCUCUUCUGAUAUGAGACAGAGACUCUGAAUUUUCUUUUAACAACAUGCUUGGAUUUAGCGAAGUGGAGAGCCAUGUUCCAACUCCAAAGUCACCUUUGGUUUAUAAUUGAGUCGGGACAACAAAUAUUUCAAGAGCUAAAGAGAUUUUUAUCCUAUAGAAAGUAAUUAUACCAUCAUACCAGAUUAUUUCUUUUCUUGGUAAUUUUUUUCCAGACAGUUCUUCUUUAGAUGUCCAAUGGUCCUUAAAGUCUUCAAGAUGGAUAUUUUUAUUUUCCUGUAAAGACAAAAACAAAACCCUGCCCGACCCUAAUUUGUUGAGUUUUUCCUUUUGACAUAUUAAAUCGCCUCCUUGGUGGAUGAACUACCACUUCUUCUGAUCCAAGAGGUCUCUCCUGUUCAAAUCGAAUCUUUAUUAAUUUUGAUGGUAUCCGUAGCUUUUCUUCUGUAGAAACAAAAGCAAAACCCCUUCCUUCCCCAAUGUAGCACAUAUCCUGGUUUCCGUACUGAGGUCAAUACAUCUUUAAACUACACAGGCUGAUUUAAUUCUGUAGUUUUUUUCUAUAUCUCUCUGAAGCUGUCAUUCCUUUCUCAUUAGCAUUUAGAAAAUUUAAAGUUAAUAUAGUAUUAUACAAUCUAUCUCUGGGGAGCUUGGUUUCUCCCUUCUGUUUAUUAAUCAUUUUUUUAAAGUUAGAUUUGACCUUUCUGUAACUCUUUGUCCUGUAGGGUUGUGUGGUAUACCUAUAAUAUGCUUUAUGUUCUAAUAUGCAAAAAACUGUUUCAUUUUAAUAGACAUAUAUGCUGGAGCAUUGUCAAUCUUAAUUUGUACAGGUAUUCCCAUAAUGGCCAUGACUUCUAAUAGAUGUGUAAUUACAGAAUCAGCCUUUUCAGAACUCAAAGCAGUAUCCCAUUGAAAUCAUGGAUAUAUAUCUAUGGUAUGGUGUAUGUAUUUUAAUUUUCCAAAUUCUGCAAAAUGAAACAUAUCCAUUUGCCAAAUUUCAUUUUUCUGUGUACUCUUUGGGUUACAUCCUGCAGGUAGUGGAAUUUGGUUAUAUAAGGAACAAGUAGGACAUUGUCUUAUAAUUUCCUUGGCUUGUUGCCAACUGAUGGAAAAAAAAAAUUCUUUUUAAACCCUUGCUAUUGAUAUGGUGGGGUUUUUUUAAUAAAAUUCUGAGGCCUCCAGCACAUUUCCUACUAAUAACUGAUAAAUUUCAUCAUUAUCUUGUGCUAGAGGGUCUGGCAGACCCAUAUGGGAUCUGAUAUGUGUUAUAUAUAUGGGAUGAUUCCUAUUCCUGAUUAUUUCCUGUAGUUGUAUAAAUAAUGAAGUUAAUUCUAACUUAUCAGGAAUAAGUUCAGCAGUUUCAAUAUGUAAGACAACUCUUUCUGCAUAUUGAGAAUCAGUAAUUAUAGUAAGAGGUUCUGAAAAAUCUAAUACCUUGAGAAUAGCAUAUAACUCUGAUUUCUGAGCUGAAUCAUAAGGGCUUUGAACCACUUUACUUAUUUUUCCUGACUUACAACCUGCCUUUCCUGAUCUGUCUGCACCAGUAUAAAAUGUAGGGGCUCCAGAAAUUGGGGU